AUGGUACUGUACGAGGCUCUGUAUCGGCAUAAGUGUUGCACUCUCUUGUAUUGGACUAAGUUGGGUGAGCAACGGGUUCUGGGCCCUGAGUUAGUCUUCGAGACUGAGGAGAAUGUUCGACUAAUUGGAGAUUAUCUGAAGGCAGCUUCUGACAGACAAAAGUCUUAUGCCGAUCUGAAAAGAUGUGAGAUCGAGUAUUCUGUGGGAGACUUUGUAUUUCUGAAGGUCUCACUAUGGAAGAAGGUUUUGAGGCGCUACCGCUCUGAUCCCACGCAUAUUGUCCCUGUUGAGAAAAUUGAGGUUCGACCAUAUCUAACCUUUGAGGAGGAGCCGGUUUAG